ACGACUACCAGCUCGGCUGCGGCAACAGUUCAAGCUCAAACCGCAAACUGGUCACAUCGUGCGAAAGAUAGUUCCGACGGAUUUCGAUUGAUUUAUCUCAAAGAUUAGAACAUACCGGCGGCGAUAGUUACAAGCGUGAUUGGAAAGUGAAACUCGAAAAGUUUGGUAUUGUGGAGCGGAAAACGCGUGAACGAGUUUUCCGAAAGGAAACGUGGACAUCGGUGUCCUUGGGACGAGAUCAUAGCCUGUCAAUAUAGUGACUAGUAUAAAAAGCGAUGCCGCCACAGAAAUAAAUCAAAAAUUUGAGUGUCGUUUUUUCGGGGAGGAAAAUUACAAGACGAGAAGAUCGAGUGCAAGUGCAUUGGCGCAUUCGCAUGCAAAUAGUGAAACGAAGAAUCGAGGGAACAAAGCAAAUAAAUAAAAUAGCAGUGCGGAGGCAAAUAUAAGCAGAUAAAAUUAAAACAUUUUCCUGACAAGGUUCGACCGACGAAGUAAAGGCGGCCGAGGCGAAAGGAAGACGCUCAAGAAUUCGGCCUUUGGGUGAUAUUUGUAAGACCGUUUUUUGGAGGCAUAUGCAGUUUUAUGAGGAACAGCACGAGAGGUUCGAUCGUUAUCAGCGAACGGCAAACGUGUAGGACGAAGCGUGUCCAUAUCUCAGGUGGGAAGAAAAUAAAUACAGGUCCGUGAUUGUUUGUACGAGAAGCAGUGCUAUUGGGAAGAAGUAGAAAAUUGUGGUGAACGGUGUAAAUUUGUUCGGCGGCAUACGAAUAGCGAGUUUGCUGAAAAAUCUACCAACCUUCAUUUCAUCACCGUGAGUGCAUUUCUCAACGCCAGGUUCUGCCUCCUACAUUCGACGCUGGAACGCACAAUUUAAAAGUAUAAUACAACCGUCGUCAGCACACUCGUAGAAAUUAUACUUUGGGUGAUCACGCAGCUGCUGCCAGUUCAAUGUAGUAGAUAGCUACCUAACUACUGACUUCAGCAGUACUUACUUGCGGAAACAACGAUCAAUUAACGCUAAUAACCGUACAACCAAGCUACGUCCCGAAUACACCAACCCUCCCAUACUAUGAACUAUGGGUAAACCGGUGCGAAACAGGCAAACUCCGGACACCGGUGGCAUUUACCUGCAUCCGGCCGAUCCGACGACAGAUCCAACUCCCGAAACGGCGAUGGCCAAACCGUGCGUCAACUUCAGGCGAACUCAGCAUCCGGCACUUCCGUUGCCCCAUCACAGACACUCCCACCGGUAUCCGCACCAUUACCAGCAUCCUUCGAAUUCAGUGACGUCCACGGGGUGCAGAACCCACUUCGGACGACUCCUUAGUAGCAGUUGUCUAUCGAAAUUCCUGAUUUUAUUGUUCCUAUCGAUCUGUGAUAAUCGAGCGUGUAGGACGCUCCCAACCCUAACAGAGGCCGCUUCCGUAGACAGUAGCACCAGAAGCACCGUUCCCCCCAUUCUAGCCACCACCGGCAGUAGCAGUAGUAGUAGUAGUAGUAGUAGCAGUACCCCUAGCAGCAGCAGUAUCCAGACUGCCGAAGUUUCAAGUGAUAGUGAAAGUAUGGCGCCGUCGGCGUCGUCGUCGUUCAAUCGAACCAAACUGCAGGAGAUCGUCAUGGAGGGACUCGGCCUGAGUGAAAUUCCAGACGUUCGCGCGAUGAAUGUCAGUCAGCAAGAAUAUGAAACCAAAUAUCGAGAGUACCUGGAACGAGUAAAUCGACGCAACAGCCUCCGGCGAUUGCUGAACCACCAACAACAACGACAGCCGGAGCACUUUGAGACUGAUGGCUACGACGACUUCGCGGACGAGGCUGGCCUAGCCGAGCAGCGCUUUCUCUACAGUUUCCCGAAUUCAGAUCACAAGCUGAAUCACCAGAAUCUACGGCGCAAACGGUCCUUGAACAACAACUACGAUCUGGUCUAUAUCCGGUUUGAUAUACCAACCAGAAACGCUAGUACCGGUGAGCUCACCGGUCUAAAUUCACCUUCCAUUUACAACAGUCCCUCCAGCCAGCAUCACCAUCACCAUCAGAGGCACCACCAGUCCCAGUCGGAGCUUCCACCAAUCUCACCGGAGAACAUCGAAGAAUCAUCACUAAACAUAAUGUUAACCAGAAGACAAAACAGCGAGCACAGCACAAAUACGAACAGUAAACAUCAACAGCAAUCCUUGCCUGCAAUUGCCAUCGUUGAGGAUCAUGUCCCAGGGCAGCACCGGAGGCGCGCGGGAAGAAUCAAAUUCAAACAUAAUAACGGCAUUGGGGGUGGCAGCAGCAUGACGGAAGGUGGCAACGCCGGGCACCAACGAUCGGGAAAAAGUGUCAAUUUACACAUCUACCAACUGGUCGAACCCUACGAGCGACACUGGUUGACAACGAAAACGAUCGGCGUGGCGGAACUUGCGCUCAACGACAAAAAGUGGUUCCAAUUACCGUUGGACGAAGCCGUGCGCACGUGGCUUGACGGGUCGCGUAAGAAUCUCGGACUGGAAAUCUACUGCGAAAAUUGCUACAACAAUGGCAUUUUCGUCAUUCAUGAUUCAUCGCCGUUCUUCACCAGCUACGAAGAAACCCCCGUUCUUAACGUGGUCGGAAAACUGGUUCAGCGCGAAAAGCGCUCCAAGGUGCAUCAGCGUUACAAGCCGACGAUGCGCGAUUAUCUCUCGCCACCGAAACUGACCACGUGUACUCCGAACAAUAAACGUUGCUGUCGCCAUCCGCUGUUGGUAGACCUCCGAGACAUCGAAGGCUUCGAGUACAUCAUCCAACCGAAACUUUUCGAUGCCGGAUUUUGUCGAGGUCGCUGCCCAUCGAAGUUCAAUCCUGCGAGUCACCACGCGCUGAUCCAAAGCUUACUGCACGAACACUACAAGUAUGAUGUCCCAAAGCCAUGCUGCGCUCCGUCCCGAAUGGAUCACAUCGAUGUUCUGCAUGCCGACCCGAAGAACCCCCAACGACUGAAGGUGACCACUUGGAGCAACAUGAGGGUCAUCGAGUGCGCUUGCUCGUGAUUCCACAUCGAACCCCAACGAAGAUGACCAGGUUUUGCAUUUAUUCUGGGUUAUGAACCAAAAACAGUACGAACAACCAGAAAACCGAUAGUAUUAUUUAUCAUCAACGAACCAUAGAAUUUACCAGAGACAACAAAUCAGCCAUUGAAAGCCAAAAUUCAUACAAAUAUAGAAGCAACCGAAGCUAGACCGAGAUCUUUCCGAUAAGUUUUAGGACCCACAGGUCACAAGUGAGCUGUUCCAUGUGCUGCAAAAUGUUGAAAGUUCCCUGAAUGUAGUCUCCUUAGCUGCUAAUUCUUGCAUCUGAAGUAUUUAUAAAUUUAUUUAUUUAGUAGAAAUCGUUAAGUUCUCGAAACUCGAACACUCAGCCACCAUGCCAAAGGAUACCGAUUAAAUGGCUGAGACUUAGGAUAAACUUUUCCCGACAUUUUUCGGUAGGAGGAAACCCCUUCCCCAUAAUACUGAGUUGUAAAUAGUGCGAUCCGAUCCCCCCACCAUGUGUACAAUUUUAAUUUAUUGAUCCUUUCGUAUUUUAUAGAUUGUUCUCGUAUUUCCUAAGUGAUGUAAGAUCGUUCAUAUUUAUAUCCAGAAACUCUAAUGAAAGCUAUAUUUUGUACCUUUUUGACGAUGCAAAUGAACAAAGUGAAGUCUACUUAUUAUGUCAUGCCAUCCCAAGUAACAGAAACGAAAAUAUGUUUGAAUAAACACUGUUUAUAGGUCUCGAACAAAUCUAGAGAAAGAAAGAAAA